AUGAACUCGCGGAGCACUCAAUCCCGUAAUUCCGAGGAGUCCCAGGUCCAGCCCACUUCCUCCGAAGGCGAGGAAGUUUCCAGGCGACCGUUGGUGGUGACAAUUGUUGGUCUCUUCGCUUGGGUGUUGAGCGUGAUCGCUGCAGCAGAUGACGACUGGUUUAUCGGGAGUACCCUCAGACCAGGCAGAGCGUCAACACUGGCGGCUUGUGUCAUCGUCCAUGAGGAGGACGGACACUGGUACACAUGGUGUGCUCUCUAUCGCACCUUCACCGCAACGCAGUGCAUCGCCACUGUGCUUUGCUCCUUUGCUACGCUGGUGUUGGCGGUUCCCGCGGGUUCGAGAAAGUGUGCAAGGCGUACGGGGAACGCGAUGAGGGUGCUGCUAGCGUGCUCUGUUUUCUUCCAACUGGUGGCGGCCUGUCUGGCGGCGAGUGUCUACGUUCACCUGAGGAUCCACCGUCCAUACCACGACGGUAGCGGCUUUCCUGCGAUGCUACUGGGGCCGACGUUCGUCCUUGCUUGGGGGGCAAUCUUGGUAGCUCUCGUAGAGAUAUCCCUCCUGCGUAUCUCCCAUCCGGAAUCGAGAGGAACCGGGCCUCAUCAAGAACCACCUUUCUAUCUUCGCCACAUCUAUACUCGGAACCAUCCGAAGAGCCGGUUUUGGGUGUUGCUCGGGAUCGGCUCCCUUAUCGUGGUCUUCGACGUGACGACUCUGGUGAACUACGUUGACGCUUCGGGUCUUUCGAGCCCGGGCUUGCAAAGCAUUCCCUUGGUCUUCUGCGUCUCGAGCGUCAUCUUUCUCGUCUGGUCCGCUUCCCACAAGCAAGCGACCAAGGGAAAGUGCUUCGUCCUCGGCCUGGGAGUACUAGCGUCAUUGUUUUACCCCCAAACGCGCUUCGUAAUGGGCAUGCUGGGAUGGGCCAACGCUGACGAGGAAGAUUCCACCCCGACUUGA